GGCAGUGGACUUCGUUCAUAUUGGCAUGUCUCUUUUGAUUAUGUCAUGACGUCUUGUUCAGCCCUUAUCAGUCCAUGAAUGACGCGAAUUUUAAUUCCAGUCGGAGUUCUCUGUUUCGUAGGAGAAACAGAGUUUUGCAAUGCUCACAAACUUUCUCCCGUUCUCACGCGCUGGCAAAAGUCCGAGCUUCCAAACGAGUGUGGAAUUCGUACCGUAGCUUCGAUUGGAAGUCCAGCACUGCAAGUAGUUAGUGCAUCCGAGGAAUGUGUAGGGUAUGCACAUUCAUCGAAUUACAUUUCUAGUUUUGUACUGUACGUUGUGUGCUCUUAUCACGCUGCCCUGGCCGCUCGCUCUCGGUCGUAGAUUCUCGGACAAGAUCGGCGAUCGCCCACCAGCGAAACCUACAGCUGCCACUCCACCGGCGAUGAAGCGAAUCGCACCUUCAGGGGGACAAGGAAGUGCAUUUGACUGGGAUGGCAGAGUUUGCACUUAUCUCGGCCACUCGUCGACUGUUCCGACCACAAUCUGUUUGAAUCUUGAUCGAGAGAUCGGUAUUUAACCACCACCGGCCACUGGCUUCACGGAACAAGAGGGUGAAUCAAUGUCGAGGAAAUUAGACUCCACUGGACGCCGUGUGACAGAAUUCAUUCGAGAAAUUGUUCGGCCUGCCACACAACCUCCAUCGACGUGUGUGCCCAUCUCAUACUCUUGAUGAGUGCGAGUGCUGAAAUGGAGUCCACUCCGAAGGCCAGGCUGCAUCGUCACACCCAUCCGAAUGAAUGUAAACGGUCGUUCUGCGUUCAUGAUCACAGCAAAGACAAGUUGAACAAGGGUCGCAGACCUACCGAUGGUCGAUCACUCAACUAUCAUCAUACGAGGAAACACGCCAAAGACAUCGAACCCCAUUACAUAACGACAAUAUCGUGCUCCCGGCUGCACGACAUAGCGCUCAACCCGUGGCACAGCACGAAUGUGCCGGGCUACGCCAUCGCGGCCAGCACCUUCCAACUCUUCGAACACCUGCGAGAGUCGAGGCCGAACGCAUGGCAGAGGCGCACGUCUCGGGCUGCCGAGGACAGACUGUUUCAGAUGAUGCGACGGCGACCGACGGGCAAUAAUUCCUUGAAUUAUCAUCAUUCUCGCAAACACGCCAAGGACAUCGAACCUCAUAGCUUCAAAAUCCUGAAAUGCGGCCGCCAGCACCACCUGCCCACGCAGCAGUGGAACGCGUCGUAUCAGCCAGAUUUCAAAGCGGCCACCAGCGUCCAUCGACUUUUCGAGAACAUCCGCGAAAGAAAACUGAAACCCAGGAACCGCCUUGUGAAGAAGAGCAGUCCUGCAGCCACCGCACGCGCUCCUUCGCCGGAGCUCUGAGGAAACGCUCCAAAUGCUCCACCAGAAGGCGGGCAAGCGCACUGUCAAUUUCUUGCUCGCUUACCUCGAUCGAUCUAUGGACGGAGGGAGGGAGGGAGGGCAACCCGACAUUGCAGCUUGGUGGCUGACUGACCAAACAUCCAUCUCUCACCGGAAAUUCUUGGUCGUGCAGACGACCACCGACUCUGGCCCUGAGGCUUGCCAUUUAGAUUCAUGUCUGCGCAGCUGUCCUCGUCCCCGUCCUCGUGGGUCAGAUCUGAUUCUACUAUCCUAUUUUGUAGUCAAGACUCCGUUUCCGGAGAAUCUUCUUGGGUUAAUCCCAACAUGUCAUGCAUUUUUCGCUUCCUCUUCCAUGGAUUCCCAAAUUUCAGCGUUUGUAGACCCGUCAGAAUGUGCAAUUGAUUCUCCACGUAGAAUUAUGUCGAUUUGUGCAACAAUGUUUCAUUAAUCGAAACUGACAGAGAUCAAGUGUCAUAAGUCCAGAAUACAGUAUCUAAGUCAAUUAGUGGAAAGGGUAGAUUAUAAAAAUCAGGCAUGUGCUUCAUACCGUCAACCUGGAUAUCAUGGUGUAAAUAAAUCCACUCAAAUCAUUAGAGCUUGAAGAUACAUGCAAGCUUAAUAUAGAGCGUUUUGGAGUAAAGUGAAACUACGAGGAUAGAGAACCCAACAUUUUGCAACAUAUGACCUUUCAUGAUCCAAGCAUACUUAUGGUCAUGAAACUUUGCUUAUCAAAGCUAAAUGAUUAUAUCUAUAAACAUCAGAUACAUCAAUAAUAAAUCCAGUAAAUAUCACUCUUGC